CAAUUACAGCCCUCGUUUUGUUAGGUUCUAUCAUUCCGUUUCACCGUCUGUCUCGUACAUAGCCAUAAGCUUAAUAGUCUUCUUGUUUGUACAUCAUGGACGCUCGUCUCCGCCGCGUGAAUAAAGAAAUUGCUGACUGCAAGAACGACAAAUCCUCAAACAUCAAAAUCGACCUAAUAGAUUCAUCGCCAUUUCAUCUGAAGGGAUCUUUCCCCGGUCCUCAAGACACGCCAUACGAAGGUGGCCACUUUGAAGUGGAUAUUGUCAUCCCCGACUCGUAUCCAUUCCAACCUGUCAAGAUGAAAUUCAUCACGAAAGUGUAUCAUCCAAACAUAUCAUCAGCGUCCGGAGCUAUCUGUCUUGACAUCCUCAAGGACGCGUGGUCGCCUGUUCUAACGCUCAAAUCAACACUGAUCUCACUUCAAUCGCUGCUGUGUUCUCCCGAGCCUAAUGAUCCGCAAGAUGCGGAGGUUGCGAAGCACUACACCACCAGCAAGGGAAGCUUUGAUGAGACGGCAAGAUACUGGACACAGAUAUAUGCCGGAGGGCCUUUGGUUAAGAAGAUGGAAGUGAAAGAGCCACAGAGAGAUGAGAUCGCAAUAGCGGGUCUUGAAAGAGCCCAUGUAGAUCAAUUCGAGGGUCUCGGUUUUGAGCGCUCAAAAGUCAUCGACGUUCUUCGGAGAUUGAACUACCGUGGCGCGAAUGUCGCCAAUAUUUCGGAAGAUAGGAUUGUAGAAGAGCUUUUGAAAUGACAUCGAUGGACAUACCCGGGUUCCCCGCACGUGGUUACUGGUGUUGAUCCUUGUAUUUUUGUUCGCUGUAAAUGCCAUCCGUUACUUGAUUUUA